UACUUGCACGCUACAUUCGAUAACAUUGUAGGUUGGCUAAUGUUAACCGUUAGUGGCUGAGCUAUCAAAGAAGGUAGGUAGCAUUACCGUAGUUUGUCUGCACGUUAUCCUGUGUUCGUGGUUGUCUGGUACAGCACAGGAGCUAGAAUGUUCUUUUUAAAGUAAAACAAGAGUUCAGGAUUGGACGUCUGCAGUUUUUCUCUACUAGCUUAGCGUUAGCUCUCUGGGUAAUUUAGCCAGCCAGCGAGUCAGUAUAGUUGGCUAGAAAAUAUCUGGAGUUAGUCUAGAUGUUACAACCUAACGUGUAAUCAGUUAGCAAAUGAGUGUUUGCUGGCUUUGAUCUGACUGCUAACUUAAAAAAAAACCGAUGUCAAACUCCGAAGUCUGCCGAGUAUAUGUUAAAGCCAACAGCACAGUCAGUAUCCGGCCUCUGAUUGCAAUGCCUAUUUAUAAUAUCAACCCAGCUAACAUAAAAUUAGCUAGCUAGCACAAUUAACUGUCAUGGCGUGUCCAAGAUAUUCUAGCUACUAAGUUCACAGGAUGAGCUUACUGCACUGAACAGAACGUGGCCUCUUUACAUACUCUCAUGAUAAAAUGAACAAUACAAAUCAAAGGACCUUGUUUCAAACAUGGGGCACAAGUAUUCCCAAGACAACUAUUCUUAAUAAAGAUGUAAGGGAAAAGGCGCCGCGUCGGCGUAAAGGAAGUACGAACGAUUCACAAGCAAAGAAUACAAGGCAAAAUGAGAACGCCGCAUCUUCUCGUGGCUCCCUUUGGCGUGAGAUUGGUCAAGGAACUGCAGCCAAUCAGUCGAGGCAGUCACCUAAUGACGACCAGGAGCUGGAUGAUGACUUGAUACUGGUAGCUGUUUAUGAGGCGGAAAAGUCUCUGGAAGACUGCGGCCAAAGUGGUGAUUUAACAACUGAUGCCAUAGGGCUAAGGGAUUCUACCGAAACUUACGCGGAUCUUCCCGGCUAUGACAGCUCCUCAGGAAAGGUUUGGAUCUAUCCUACGAACUUCCCUAUCAGGGACUAUCAGCUGAAGAUAUCUGAAGAAUGUUUAUUCCAAAAUACGCUGGUAUGCCUGCCCACCGGCCUUGGGAAGACGUUCAUAGCCUCUGUUGUCAUGUAUAACUUCUACCGUUGGUAUCCUUCAGGAAAAAUAGUCUUUAUGGCCCCCACUAAACCGCUUGUAGCCCAGCAGAUUGAAGCAUGUUACAAAGUGAUGGGGAUACCACAGCACCACAUGGCAGAGUUGACAGGUGGCACUGCAGCACCACAGCGGAGAGAGCUGUGGAGGACCAGGCGGGUGUUCUUUCUUACCCCGCAGGUGAUGGUGAAUGACCUUUUGCGAAAUACAUGUCCAGCUCCUGAGGUCAAGUGUGUGGUUAUUGAUGAGGCGCAUAAGGCAUCUGGGAAUCAUGCGUAUUGUCAGGUGGUCCGGGAAUUAUGGAACCAGACAAAACAAUUUCGUGUCCUGGCGCUCAGUGCUACACCGGGUGGAGACAUGAAGGCUGUGCAGCAAGUCAUCACCAAUCUGCUGAUCUCGCACAUAGAGCUGCGGUCGGAGGAGAGCCCAGACAUUCAAGCCCACUCCCACCAACGCAGUUUGGAAAAGAUUGUUGUCCCCCUAGGAGAGUCACUCAUGGGAUACCACACUCGUUACCUUCAGGUUCUGGAGAAAUUCACAUCCCGUCUGACCCAGAUGAGGGUCCUUUAUCAUCGUGACCUUGCCACUAUCACCAAGUACCAACUUAUUAUGGCUCGAGAGCAGUUCAGACGCAACCCGCCACCUCACAUCAUGAGGACCCAGCAUGGAGUGCUGGAGGGGGAUUUUGCUCUGUGUAUUAGCUUGUACCAUGGCUUUGAACUACUACAGCAGAUGGGUCUUAGAUCUCUCUUUCUCUUCACACAAAACAUCAUGUUGGGCACCAAAGAGUACUCUCGGGCCAGACAUGAGCUUCAGCGAAGCCCUGUUUUCAUGGACCUUUACAGGGAGAUGGAAGCAAUGUUUCACACAUCUGCUGGAGGGCCUGAGGAACGAUUCUUUUACAGCCACCCCAAACUUCAGAAGUUGGAUGAAGUAGUACUUCAUCACUUCAGGACCUGGUCUAAGAACUCAGAUUGUGGUCAGGACUCAUCCUCAGGGGAUGCAUCAGGGGGAGUAAGCACUCGUGUGAUGAUCUUCUCUUCGUUCCGGGAGAGUGUUCAGGAGAUUGCGGAGAUGCUGAACCGUCACCAACCCCUCAUCAAAGUGAUGACGUUCAUGGGGCAGGCUUCAGGUGGCAAAGGCCUCCGGGGCUUCACUCAGAAGGAGCAGCUUGAGGUGGUGCGGAAGUUCCGGGAUGGAGGGUUUAACACACUCGUCUCCACUUGUGUGGGCGAGGAAGGUCUGGACAUCGGCGAGGUAGACCUCAUUGUCUGCUUUGAUGCUCAGAAGAGUCCCAUCCGCCUGGUGCAGCGCAUGGGGCGCACGGGCCGCCGCCGGCAGGGUCGAAUUGUGAUCAUACUGGCUGAAGGAAGAGAAGAACGGACAUAUAACCAGAGCCAGAGUAACAGGCGCAGUGUCAAUAAAUGCAUCAUGGGGAACAAGCACAGCUUCCACCUGUUCCCCCACAGCCCCCGCAUGCUGCCUGUCGGAGUGACCCCCGCUGUGCACAAGAUGCACAUCACCUGCGGCCACUUUGAGCCCAAAGACAGCAGCAGGCACUCCGUCAAGGGUCGCAGGUUGCUCCCCACAGGACGAGUGCCCUUGCUCCUCCCCCACGGCCAAGUCUCUGCAGCGGGUGGAUCACAGGAGUGUUUGAAGGGGGAUGGCUUUCUCAGUCCUGCUGAACAGGCUGUGUGGGCCUCCAGUAUGAAGCUGCGUGAAUGUGAGCCCCAGCCUACGUUCAGACAGACAUCAUUCCUGUCGCUAGGCACAGACUCCCAACCACAGGAUGCCUGUGCGCAGAGCUUAGUGAGGCCACUGUCCCUCUGGGAAUGGAGGCACUGGCAGAAUCAGCCUCUUCCCACACACAGAGUUGAGCACUCUGUCCGCUGCCUUCAUUUCACUGCAAUCAUGGAGCUCAUAGACAGGAUGAAACAGGAAGAAGAGGGUACCUGCAGAUAUGAGUCAGAGCUUGAGGCAUAUCUGCAUAAGGAGGAUGUUGUUGGUUGCAAGGAGGAUGGCAGAAUGGCAAAACCAACAAGUGGAAAAGCUCAACAGAAAAGAUCUAAAACCACAUUUGCUGGUCGAGAUAUCACCCUCCCAAUCUCAACAACGAUGCUAAAUGUGAUCGAUGCAGCAUGUCAAGAGGAACAUUCAAGAAACACUGCUGAGACUUCAUCUUGUACUUUAAUUAAAGACAUCCUUUCCUCUGAGACUGAUCGUUGUGUCAGUAAAGGCCAAGAAGAUUUCAGUGUAUUUCAGUGCAACUUUCACAGCCCUGAGACCGAUAUGAAUGUUGAUAAGGCCAUGUUAACUGAUAUAAGUGAGUUUUCAGAGGUUAAACCAACAAUACAAGAAGAACAGCUACAUACUUGUCUUGGAGAUGCACAAGAUCCAUUUUUUGAAAUAAAUCCUGAUCCUUGUAGUCUACAGCCAGACUGCUCUGCUGCUGAGGAAAUGUUUUAUCUUCCUAAAUGGGAUGUCAUAAAAUGCCCUAAACUAUACCCUCUCAAACAAUCCAAUACAAUCUUAAAAAUUAUUCUGUCCCGUGUCAAGUCCUUCCUGUCCAGAUCUCCACCAAAGUGCUUUGACAUAAAUGACUCAUUAAACAGCAAUGAACCUAAUGACUCAACAGAUUUCUGCAGCGCUCCAAAAGAAGGGAUUGAUCAAUUUGAUGUCAAUUUCUGCCUUGAAGGAGAUGAGAAUCCUGUGAAUGAUGACUCUAUGGAUGGUAAUGUGGCAGGAGACCUUUCUGAAUCACUUGACACUCCAGGAAUUCUUCAACCUGCACUGUUGCCUGGUAACAUACUUUCUUCUGCUCCAGCCAUUAUAGCCAAUAGCCCUAGCUGGGAAGAGGUUUUUGGUGAUGAUCUGGAUAAUAUGGAGGCAGAUAAGAAGCCUGCUCUACCAUUGCUGCCUAAAAAGCACCUGGAGCUCACUAGCUUAAAUGAGAGCGUUGACUUGUUUGGGGAUGAUGAGGCUUUCCUUCAGAUAUCCUUACCAGAUAUUGCAACUCCAAACAAAGCCAAUGUAAUGCAUAUAAGCAGACAGGAUAUUGAGCAGGAAGAGCAGAUCAAACCUGAUAUAGCACAUAUAGCUUCAAAUAGUUUUAAUGCUCCAGGGUCUCUCAAGAGUGACAGGACUCCUUGCCCUCUAAUAUUAGCACAGAAAAAGGUAUCUGAGCACAGUUCUGAGGCUUUCAAUUAUUCUCAGGACAUUUUCUCUGUGAACUUUGACCUUGGGUUUUCAUUUGAGUCUGAUGAGGAGGACAAUGCAGAAUGUGCCCCUGGGCCAUCCACGGGGGCGCUGGCUAAGAGAGAGAAGACAUUCACUUCACCAAUUGUGGCGAAACCCAGUGAAUCUACCAGCAACAGCACUCUUGGACAGGUUUCAACUCCUAGGGUGUGCUCAAUGGAUACAAUAACACUACCAUCCCUCAUGAACAAGACCAACCUAUCACCUAUAGUCACUGAGGGAAGGAAUAUGGUAACAAGGCCAAAUGCUCUCGCACCAAGCUCUACACUUGCCUCUCCAAUAUGCACAACUAUAGAUAUCCCCUCUGAAGGCUGGAGUUUUCGAGCAGAGACACAUGGAAUAGUCAACAGAUCAUUUCGGAGGUCUCUGCUUCAGACAGAGAAGACUACUCAUCGAGACUCUGUUUCAGAGCCACGGAAAAGUGACAGUGAGGAGGAAAUAGUGAUGAAGAGACGAGGACAUCCAGAAAAGGUCAAUCCUCUGGCCUCUCCAGAGCAAUCAAAAAUCUUCAGUGAUGUGGACUCUCCUGUCCAAGUGCCUAGAAGGCGGGUCGCUCGAUUAAAUAUGUCAGAAAGUGAUGGGGGAGCAGCAUCAGACGAUGACUUUCAGAAAGUCUCCUUUUGUCAACCAAAUGUGCCUCGGCCUUGUAAACGCUCAAAUCGUCUGAACAAAUCCAAGAAGGUGGGGCGCAGAGAGGGGAGGCACUUCCUGGAUGAGGAAGCAGUGCUCUCUGAAGAAGGGGACUCUGUUUCAUCAGAUGAAUGUGAUGAAGAACUGGACCAGUCGUUGGAAGGCUUUGUAGUGGACACCACUCACUUAUCUCAAGGCCUCAAUGAUUCUGAAAUGCAGGGAUUUUAUCUGAAGUCUGUGAAGAGCCCUGCCAUCUCUAACAAAUUUAGAAUGGUGUAUAAGCCUAUUCACAAUGUAGACAUCUUCUCACAGGUCCCUGAGCAGGAUGAGACAUAUGCAGAGGACAGCUUUGUGGUCGAGGGCAGUGAGGAUGAGGAAGAUCUUAGUGCUGCUGAAGAGGAGUUUGGAGCAGAGAUUUUUCCUGAAGACUCCUAUGUAGAUGGGAGGAAACAGUACUCCACACGGAAAAGGGCUCGUCUCCGACAGAGCAAGACCACGGAUGAGACGAGAGGUGGGAGACCCAAGCGGUCCCGCAUCGUCCGAGUGCAGGACUCCAGCGAAGAAGAGGAGGCAGGAGAGGAGAGGAGAAAGAAGCUCCAUGCUGAGGGAGGGCCUGUCUCAGAGCAGCUAACUGUGAGAGUUUCCCAGGCUCUACGCCAUCACCCUGUGCCUGACUGUGAACCGCUGCAAGUAUGUACAGAAGGCGGUGCAGAGCAGGCUAGGUGGCAGCAGGAGGAAUGGACACGGCAUAGGAUGAAAAAGCAGGUGCGGCUGUCUGAAGAGCUGGACUUUCAACUGCCCCUGGCCUCCUGUUUAGCUGAAACGCAUGCAGUCAGCGCUGCUCUCUCUAAGGCUGCAGGUGACGGUGCAGGCUGCUCUCUGGCAACUGAACAGCCCCUGGCCCGCGCAAGUGUCCUCGUGGACAGCCGUUGCCUCAGUGGUGGUGCAGAAGUGGUGUCCUCCUUGCGCCUGAAGCAUGGGUUAGCAGUGCAGGUGUGCUCGCUGGCCUCCUGCGAUUUCGUGGUGAGCCGCCGCAUGGCAGUGGCGUGGCAGAGCCAGGCCGAGGUGGCCAGCGCCCAGAGUCGCAGGCGCUUGCAGGACAGGCUGCAAAGCCUGCAGGGCCUGUUUGACCGCGUGUGCCUGGUUAUGGAGCAAGAUCGCACGAGACCUGGGGAGCCACUGAGGUGCUUCCAGCGUAGCCGUUACUAUGACAGCACUGUAGCAGCGCUGGUCAGGGCCGGGAUUCGGCUGCUGGUCAGCAGUGAUCCGGACAACACAGCUGCCCUAUUGGCCGAACUGGCCCAGGUGGAACAGAGAAAAGGGCAGGCAAUUGGUGUGCCCACAGAGGUCAAAGGUCCUCAUCAGCAGGCUCUGCGGUUUUACCUUACGAUUCCAUGUGUUACCUAUGUAAAUGCCCUCUACAUGUGUCACAACUUCAGCUCAGUGGCCCAGCUGGUCAACAGUUCACUGGAGGCACUUCAGGCAGGUAUCCAAGUGAGCCGCUCUAGAGCUGAGGAGAUUUACCGCUGUCUACACUACCCGUGUGACACCACGCUAUUAAAAAACACUACCUCGAAGAACAAUCUCUGAGCAUCUGACCCUCCAUGUAAUUACAUCAUGAAUGUAUUGUACACAUUAUUUUCUCAGUGCACUUUAUAGGUUUGGAACCAUUGUUGCACACAGUGUGCCCUCCUCAUCAAUGUAAGCUACUUGAAUCUUUUUGUGUUUCUGUCUAAGAAUAUGCUGCAUGGCUGUGUGCCAAAUAAUUAACAUUUUUGAUAUUUUUGUUAACUGUAAGUUAAAAAUUGAAUAUUUUAUAUGAAUAUAACUAGGUA